AUCUCUCCUUUCAACACCAUAACUUCUCUUCUCUCUUUCUCUCUCUCUAACUCAUAAAACUUUGAGCCUUUCUAUUUUUCUUUUGUUUCUUGUUCCUGUUAUUUUAUAAAACAAAACAAAUAUGGAUAUGCUUUUGAAAUGUGAUGCAAAUUAUACCUCUCUCACACCCAUCACCUUUCUCACACGAGCUUCUACGUUUUACGCUGAUCGAACUUCUAUUAUCUAUGAGGGAACUCGCUUCACAUGGCAUCAAACUUAUGAGCGUUGUUGUCGCCUCGCCUCCUCCCUCCGCCAUCUCAACAUCUCCAAGAACGAUGUUGUGUCAGUGCUAGCGCCUAAUGUUCCAGCAUUAUACGAGAUGCAUUUUGCAGUACCAAUGGCAGGUGCCAUCUUGAACACAAUAAACACUCGCCUCGAUGUGAAUAACAUCGCUGUCAUCCUCCGCCACUCGGAGGCAAAGAUCCUCUUUGUUGAUUAUCAAUACAUUCAAGAAGCCAAAGAUGCUCUUCGUUUAUUAAUGGCAAAAUCUUUUCCAAUGCCACUCGUCGUUAUCAUUGAUGACAUUGACUCUCCUACCGGCAUUCGGUUUGGAAACUUUGAAUAUGAGAAACUCAUCCAUGAUGGGGAUGUCAAUUUCACUCCAUUAGAGGUCGAUGACGAAUGGGACUCCAUAGCAUUGAAUUACACCUCUGGCACGACGUCAGCGCCGAAAGGUGUGGUGUAUAGCCACCGUGGCGCGUUCCUUAGCACGCUUAGCUUGGUAAUGGGUUGGGAAAUGGGAAAUGCACCUGUUUAUUUGUGGACUCUGCCGAUGUUCCACUGUAACGGUUGGACCUUCACAUGGGGGAUUGCGGCUCGUGGUGGGACCAAUAUUUGUAUGCGCAAUACGACGGCGAUUGAUAUCUUUCGGAACAUUAAUUUGCAUCACGUAACUCACAUGUGUUGUGCUCCGAUUGUGUUUAGAAUUAUCCUCGAUGCUAAUAGCCACGAUCGAUGCAGAGUUGCCUGGCCCAUCAACGUGCUAACCGGUGGAGCACCACCACCAGCGCCGUUGUUAGAAAAGAUGGAGGCUCUUGGUUUUCAUAUAACACAUGCUUAUGGGCUGACGGAGGCCACUGGACCGGCGUUGGUUUGCGAGUGGCAAGAAAAGUGGAACACUUUGCCAGCCGAUAAACAAGCCAAGCUUAAAGCUAGACAAGGAAUCAGCAUUUUGACAUUAGCCGAUGUGGACGUCAAAAAUUUGGACACAAUGGAAAGUGUGCCCCACGACGGCCACACCACCGGCGAGAUUGUCCUACGUGGCAGCGGCCUCAUGAAGGGCUACUUCAAGGAUCCGGUAGCGACCGCGGCAGCCUUCAAAAACGGUUGGUUCCUCACCGGCGACAUUGGUGUGAUUUACCCCGAUGGCUACUUAGAGAUCAAGGAUCGGUCCAAGGACGUCAUCAUCUCCGGCGGUGAGAACAUUAGCAGCGUCGAGGUCGAGACAGUGCUCUACAGCCACCCACAGGUGGCGGAGGCAGCAGUUGUUGCGAUGCCGCAUCCCCGCUGGGGAGAGAGCCCCUGCGCCUUUGUCGCCGUCCACGGCGAUGCUGGCAGAGUGAGCGAGGCAGAGAUCAUUGCGUUUUGCCGGAAAAAUCUUCCGCACUAUAUGGUGCCGAAGAAGGUGGUGUUCGUGGGGGAGCUUCCGAAAGCGAACGGGAAGAUUCAGAAGUUCAAAUUGAGGGAGCAGGCGAAAUAUUUGGAGGUGUCUGAGAAAAGAGUGGUUGGCACCGGCUGGAACAAAUCCAGCCGGCAAGACGGCAACCGACGAUCGGAUUAUGGUGAGCAUGUUUUGGCGAUGUCUCGGCUUUGAGAGGGACUACAAUUUAUUGCAUUAUAAAAAAUGUAAUUUGUACAAAUUAUAAUACGUGUAGUUAUUUCCUUCUCAUUUUCAAGUCUUUUCUAUUAAAUAAGGUAAGAUGUUGAGAUAUUUAUCCAGGAUGAGUGGUCCAUAAAAUUUGUGUAUGAAAUUUAAUGUUUAAAAGAGAUUAUUUUGGGGGCA